AAUGCACGUGCUGCCGGAGGGAAAGGUUCUGAAACACGGACGAAAAAGCCCCACAUGAAGACGUAGCCUAACAGUUUCUCAAAUCGAGCACUAAAAAACCCAAAGACAGGCGGCAGCGCGGAGGAGGCCCGGCCCGGCCCGGCCCGGGCGGGCUGCGAGAGCUGCCGUGGAGGAACCAUGGCACCGCGACUAUAGCUCCCGGCAUGCACCGGGGCCUACCGGCGGGCGCCGCACCGCGCUGCAUGCCGGGACUCGCAGUUCCAGGAGCACUGCGUGGCGGCUCUACGGCGCCAUCCACUCCCGCUGGCGGCAAUCCCCACUCACCGGAGCCAGCCACCACCAGGAGACUGAGCGGAGGUGUCCGCCGGCCGCUGCGCUUCCUGGCCACGAGCGCCAGCGGGACGAGCAGUAAGGGGAGGAGGAGGAGGAGGAGGGCGGCCGGCUGCAGGAGCUCCAUGGCGCAGCCGGGGCCGCUCCGCGCGGAAGCGGCGGUGGCACCUCCCCCGUACGGCGGCCGGCGCGGUUCAAACCUCCUCGCGCGGUGAACGCGGUGGGGGUGCCGGGAGCGGUGCGGGGCUGAGGGCGGCAAUAAAGUAUGAGGGGCUCCCCUUGUGCGGGGUCUGUGCUCGCCGAGUGUGCGGGGUCUGUGCUCGCCGAGUGUGCGGGGUCUGUGCUCGCCGAGUGUGCGGGGUCUGUGUCCCCCGCGUGCCUGAAAAAUACAGCAUGAACCUGUGUGCCGGUCUGUGCUCCCGCCGUGUGCCGGGUGUGCUCCGCUCUCCUGCGAGCGCGGUCCCGGAGCUCCGAACUCCUGCGUGCGGGAGCGCGACCGCGAGUGUGGGCAAGAGCUGGCGCUCCCAGGGCCCUGCAGGGGCUGCGGUCUGCUAGAGGAGGUCGAACUGUCCUAAUUCACCUGUAAACCGAGACAUGCGUGCCGCAGCAUGUGUCUGUCAUGUGGCUCCUCUGGCACGUACAGAUUUCUGCAUCAAUUUGCCCGCGUGCGCAAGCAUAACACCGACCCAGGCUGAAGAACAAUGGCUUCCUUCAGCAACCUGACUAUCGGCAUUGCUGUUGCCAGUUUUACUGUAUUUCAGCUCCUGUUCCAUGUUUUAAGUUCCUGGGUGUCAACACGAAUAACACCUGGUUUUAAAAAUCUCAGCCAAAAAAGGAAGAUUGAAUGGAAUUCAAGGACAGUGUCCACAUUCCACGCCUUGGUGGUUGGAGGGUUUUGCCUAUAUAUUUUGUUGUACGAUGAUGCUGUUAAUGCUGACCAUCUCUGGGGUGACCCUUCAAUUGUGAAGCUGAAUAUUGCUAUUACCACAGGCUACCUCAUUUCUGAUCUCUUGCUUAUUAUUUACUACUGGAAGGCAAUUGGUGACAAAUUUUUUGUAAUACAUCACUUGGCAGCUCUGUAUGCUUACUAUUUUGUACUGAGCAAAGGUCUGCUGGCUUAUUUUGGAAACUUCCGUCUACUUGCAGAGUUCUCCACUCCUUUUGUCAAUCAACGGUGGUUUUUUGAAGUACUGGGAUAUCCCAAAUCUUCAAAGGCCAACAUCAUGAAUGGUGUGCUGAUGACAGUUGUGUUCUUCGUGGUGAGGAUUGCCGUCAUGCCUAUAUAUUACAGCCACGUAAUUGCUUCGUUUGGAACAGAAGCUUUCCACAGAUUAGGAUUUGCAGCCCAGAGCGCCUGGAUUAUCUCAAGUGUUGUCUUGGAUAUUAUGAACGUGAUGUGGAUGGUCAAAAUUGCGAAAGGAUGCUACAAAGUCAUUUGUCUUAUUGGACGGGAGGAAGCCAAAACUCACAGAAAUGGAAAAUCUGCCUAGAAAUCAUACAUAAAAUGAAAUUUCUGCUAUGAAAAUAAUUUGGGUUCACUGAAACAGUGCACAUUUCUGCCAUGGAAUGCUCCUAUUGAGGAAACAAGGUAUUACCUCUGUACUGACCUUACUCCUUCCCUAGCCACACUGCCUGCACACCCAGGGCCACGCUUUUUGGAUCCCGUCCCGUGAGGAAUAAAAGCAAAAGCUCACACA